ACUAGACGUGUUUCAUCGGCCUUCUGUCAUUAUUCAAGACGGUAGAGAUUCAAAGGAAAGCGAAUAUGGUUUUAAGAAAGUUACGGCGAGGACUCUGUGUUUUAGUUCCUAUCUACGUGUGCUUGGUGUUCAUAGGAUUUUUUUCAUUUAUUUGGUCACGCGCGAGAAUUCCCCGUGGGCGAAAAUCGAUUGCCCAUGUCACUGUAUACAAUGAACCAAUUUCUCUCGUUAAUACAUCGUUCAAUUCAUCCAAAAUGUCUGGAGUGUUAAACUUGCAUAUAUGGAAUGAUUUAUGUGGGAAUAGUGUCGAACUUCUUCGUGAGACGCCUCUGUUCCCUCGCUAUCCUCACGAACGACUUUUCAUAAGGAGUUUCCAAACUGCACGACAUGUGGAUGCUUACGCUCAAAGAAUUUUUGGUUUCAUCGAGCCUAAGGUUUCGGGGUUAUACACUUUUGCAGUUUCUUCCGAUGAUACUUCUGAACUGUGGCUUAGUUUCAACGAAAAUCCACGCAAUCUUCGCUUGAUAGCGAGUGUUUUUUCUCCCGUAGAAAGCGCAUGGACAGAGGAAAGCAUUUUCUCUAAAUAUGCUACUCAACAGUCGCGAAACAUACGUCUCGAGGCGAAUCGAAGAUAUUACGUGGAAGCAUUGCAUAAACAAGGUUCUGGUAAUGGCAGAAUUCAAGUUAACUGGAGGAAACCUGGGUCCAUAAAACUCGAACCUGUAACGGGAGAAUAUUUGAGCGCGUAUUUUGACGAUAGCAGGCGAAACGGAAGUUUUCGUGACCUUGUCAAAGGCCACGAGAAACUCCAAUGGUUUCCAAGUCAUGUUAAGCAGAGAGUUUUCAAAGGGUUGAAUCUAAAGAGUCAGUUUAAUUACACGUCCCUUUCUUUGAUCAAUCGCAGUGAGGUUAAAGGAGUUUUAAAUCCUUGUUCAUACAAACCGAGCUACAUUAUCGAAAGAAACCUUUCUCGUUACGAAGGUGUUAACUUGGUGCACGAUUCGUUGAUAUUCCCGUUCGACAACACCUAUCUUCAUCAAGCGCGAGUACCGUGGUCGGCAGGAAAUAAAGAAGUUGAUAAUGUAACUGUUAGCAAAAUUGUUGGGAAAUUUAUGAACAGUUUACAUAAGUUUCAUCGGAAGUACUAUUUACAGAGAAUCCUGAAUGUUGAACAGAACCCUGACCCUAAGCUGGGAAGUCGUUUCCUCCUUGAGCUUGAAUUGGGUGUUAAUGGAUCAAGUGAAAGCUUCCGUCUCUCUGAAUAUGUGUAUCUUCCUCUAGAGAAAGAGGAGCUUUGUUUCCCUGAAGGUGUAGAGUGGGAUAACAAUGCUACAGUGUACUUUAUUCUGCCUGUUAAAAACCAGGGCAUGUGGGUUCAUCACUUUGCUUCUCAACUUGCAGCCAUGUCAAAUCAGAGUGGCGAUUUCAACUUUCACAUUAUUAUUGUGGAUUUUUCAAGUGAUGACAUUGAUCUUGAUGAAGUGUUUAGCAUGUGGCCAUUAAAAAACCGGUAUACCGUGAUCAAGUUGACUGGGCCAUUUCACAAGACAUUAGGAUUACAGAAGGCUGUCAGUGUUGUACCAAAGGAGGAUGAUAUUGUCUUUCUUUUUGAUCUUCAUAUUGAUGUUCCUUUUGGUCUUAUGGAUAGUGUAAGAAAGCACACAAUAUUUGGCAAGGUGGCAUAUGCACCUACUGUGGGCAGACUAGAUUGUGGAGCAUUUCCAAGUGAUCCUUAUGGUUUUUGGCAGGUGAAUGGUUAUGGAAUUUUAAGUGUUUUCAAAAAGGACUGGGACAGAUUUGGAGGUAUGAAUGUUCGAGAUUUUACCACAAAAUGGGGUGGCGAGGAUUGGGAUCUCAUUGACAGAGUACUUUCUGCACAGCUGGAAAUUGAAAGACUAAAACAGCCGGGAUUGUUUCAUUACUACCACUCUCACAAGGGAAUGUGGAAUACAUAGGUUCUAUAGAUAACGUAGAAGAUUUUAAAUAAAUUGCAGAUGUAUUUGGGAAAGGUAGUUGCUAGGUAGUUGUCUGAAAAAUGACUUGAAAUGAUCUUGAGUGAUUUCUAAAAUGACCUAAAAUGACCUUGAGUGAUUCCCAAAAUGACCUAAAAUGACCUUGAGUUAUUUCCAAAAUGACCUAAAAUAGCCUUAAUUGAUGUCUAAUAUGAAAUAAGCUGAAAUGACCUGAAAUGACCUUGAGUGAUUUCUAACCCUAACCCUACAGUGACUAAAAUGACAUAAAUUACAUUUAAACUUUACUGGAACAAUUUAAAAUAGCAAUUGCCAGCUAAAUAUAACAGAGCAACAAAACUGAAUGUGUGAGCUGAGUGCUUACCUGUGAAAAUGAGGAUGUACAUGUUCACUCAAUGUGAACCAUGGCUGUAUAGAAAUUGUGUCCAUCACUAAAUUUUGGCUCAAUAUAGCUUAGUUAGGAUGGCUUUUAAAUGCUUUCAGUCUCAGAUCUUGUUAGUAAUUCUCCAUACUAUCUGCCAUAUCAUUGUUAUGAUGUUAGUUUGGGGAAUUUGUAAUUAGAUCGACUUAAAUAAUCCCUCAGUUGAUAUUUAUCUUUCUUCUUUCUACUUCUCUGCUUGAUGUCGUUUUGAUAUUAUGUUGUGUGAAGAAAUUUUGUGUUGGUUACUCAUGAGAGUUAAAGGGAUGACCUUUAUUUUACGAACUUGAAAAUCCAGUGUAUGAUACUGCCGAAUUUUUCCAGAGAAAGAAGAAUCAAAAUUUAUUGAUAUUAUUUAUUCUAUAAUUUAACAAUUUAAGAUUUAAUGAUUUAAUUUAGAAUAUUUUUUAUGUAAAAAGAAAAGUUGUUUUUAUUUAUCAAUAAAGGUUUUUU